AUGAGACAAUUACCAUCCCUGUUGGAGCCAGCGGCUCAAUUUCUCUACAGACCUUUGUUCCAGGAUACAGGGACCAUCUCAUCUCAAGAUGAAAGUGAAAGCUCAAGUUCCAAGGUUGAUCACAAAACCGAUGAACUCAGCAACUUAGCCUAUAAAGCUUCACCUCAACGUACCCUAGCAUCCACCACAUCUGCGGUGGUCGUCACAGUCAACUACCGGCUUGGGGAUAUCCAAACCACCACCACCGCCUCAUCCGCAGAUACACCUCUUCUCACAAAAGGGUUGGAGCCUUUACAACCCCUAACCUCCCACAAAUACCCAACCCCAGUCCACGACACCCUAUCAGGCUUCGACUGGAUCCAGUCAACCCUCAACCCAUCCCGCCUAACAGUCUUCGGCACCCACAUCGGCGCCUCCUUAGCCCUAAUGCUAUCACUCACCGAAGCACGCUCCAUCCAAGCCGUCGCUGCCAUAGAACCUAUAUGCGACUGGCCCAGUCUGGACGAAUACUGCAUCCGGGAAACCGACAGCGUGUCCCCAGACCCAGACCAAGAACUCAGCACUCCCCCAACACCAAAACACAAGCGACACCCAAGGAAAAAAGCAGCACCACCGGACCUCGUUCCACUUCUCCACGCCCGCGAGAAAUUCUUCUCAUCACCAGAACGCUACUUCGACUCCUUCGCCUCGCCUAUUCUCUUCCUCCGCUCGGCGGGCCGGGACGUUCCGCGCUCGUUCCCGCAGUACCUGACUGGGCCGGGGUACCCGGUUCCCGUGCUCAAGGAGAGCGGCACGGAGAUGGGUGUGUACGAGAUGGAUAGCAUGUCUGGUUUGGAUCCGGGGGUUUAUUCGGAUGUUGAGGGGACUUGUGUUGAUGAUGAGGGUGGUAGUGGGACGGUUCCGCGGCGGCGAAAGGCGCUGUCGCGGUGGCCGCCUUAUGGGCUUGAUUAUGGACUUAGUGGGGGUGCGAGGUCUAGGGCUGGGGUUGGGACUGGGGUUAAGAGACUAGAGACCAGAUUGCCUUUGGUUAAGGUUUUGGUUAGGGAUGGUGUGGGCGAGGUGAAGAGGAAGGGGAGAGAGGGGGGUGGGGGGUUGGUUUUGCGGAGACAGGCGGAUGAGAUGGUUUCUGCUAUGCGGAGGGCUUGUUUUUGGGGGAGGGAGAAGGGAGUUGGGGAGAGGAGGGUUGGGUUGGAUAGAGUGGAGGGUUUGCAUGUUGCAGAUGAGGAGGUGGGUGGGUGGCUUGGGCGGGUGUUUCGGGGGGAUAUGGAUGAUUUGGAUUGA